AUGGAGGAACGGAGCAGAGAAAGGAAAUUAAUUGAGGCAGAGAAGUCUCUGGCAUUAGCUGAGGUAAAAGUGAACACCUAUUCCAAGUUUAUGCAGAGUGAAUUUGACACUGUAAAACCACACAGCAAUUCUUACUCUCCGAUCUUAUUCAAAGGCGUGUCUGUAUGUGCACCGUCAUAUCCCACACCUGUUGUAAGUCAACCAUCUUAUCCUGACAGUGUGCCCAUGUCAAUAACAUUAAAUAGUAAUGCUCCAGCAUUUCAGCCGAGAUAUACAUUGUCCUCAAACAAUGUGAACUUUCCGCCAAAUCAACAGACUACCCGUGUCCAACAGCAGUCUGCAACGGCAUAUGCUCCACGUCAGCCUUCUCAUAUACCAUAUGUUUAUCAGCAGCCAACUAAUUUGUCAUACACAGAGCAACCUACUGUCACCACCAAUGCACCUGAAACCAAUGCAACAGUGUCCAAUGAUUCAGUGAUGAACAGCUUGGCCAAAGUGUUUGCGGAUUCCGUGAAUCUUAACAGACUUCCGGUUCCUGAGCCCUCAGUCUUUACUGGAGAUCCCCUACGAUUUGUGGAGUGGAAAACAGCCUUCUACGCACUUAUAGAACGAAAGGGAAUUCCUGAAGAGGAAAGACUAUUUUACCUUAAGAAGUAUGUUGCAGGUGAAGCUUUACAGGUCAUUGAUGGAUACUUUUAUAUUGGAAGCAGCUCAGCAUAUGAUAGUGCAAGAAAGGUUCUGGAGGAUCGUUAUGGACAUCCAUUUGUCGUACAGAAAGCAUUCAGGAAGAAACUGGAAAACUGGCCAAAAAUUGGUGACAAGGACUCGAGAGCAUUAAGAAAUUAUGGUGAUUUCUUAAAGGCCUGUCUGGACGCUACUCCUCAGAUUCCAAGCUUACAAAUAUUGGACGACUGUACUGAGAACCAAAAGCUGAUGUCAAAGUUGCCAAGUUGGGCUGCCCUCAGGUGGAACCGCCAAGUUCAAGAAACUAUUGACUCCAUUGGGAAUUACCCAAAGUUUUCUGCCUUUGUUGGGUUUGUUAUCAAAGAGACAAGAAUUGCGUGCAAUCCAGUUUCAUCUCUGCAUGCCCUCCAUGAAUCAGACAAUAAGGUUAUCAAGGACUCAAAGUGCACUAAUCGAAAGGCAAGUGUGUUAACAACUGCACUACAUGAUCAAGGUAAAGACGCUACAGCAGAUCGCAGAGUUUGUGAAUAUUGUGGCAGGGAUGGACACUGGAUUUUUAAAUGUGAGAAUUUCUUGUCACUUUCCAUUGACAUUAAACGAGCCUUCAUACGAAAGAAAAACUUCUGCUUUGGCUGUCUGCGUAAAGGACACAGAAAUAAGGACUGCAAACGGAAGCAUGUCUGUGACAUCUGUAAGGGGAAACAUCCUGCAUGUCUCCAUGAAAGGGAACCUCCUUUGAAGAAGCAAACCUCACAGGAUGACACAGUAGUCAAUCAAGCAACUUCUCUACAUGUGAAUAGAGGAAAUAGAAAGUCUAACGGCACAUCAAUGAUCGUUCCAGUAUGGGUAUCAACAGUGGACAACCCAACGCAUGAAGUGUUAACGUAUGCCCUUCUAGAUGCACAAAGUGACACUACAUUUAUCUUGCAAGAGACAUUGACUUCCCUUCAUGCACCUAGUAAACUAGUGCGUCUUAGUCUAUCCACCAUGACAUCUCAGAAUAGUGUCAUUGACAGCUGUCGAGCAUCAGAUCUUCAAGUAAGAGGAUUCAACUCAUCAAGCCAUAUAAAGAUCAAUAAUCUUUAUACCAGAGACUUCAUACCAGCUGAUCGAUCACAUAUUCCUGUGAGAGACACCAUCAAGGACUUGCCUCAUUUACAGGAAAUAGCCAACGAACUACCUCCUCUCCAAUCCUGUGAAAUUGGUUUGCUGAUUGGUUACAAUUGUCCCCAAGCCCUUGCGCCUGUCAAAUUAUUACGUGGAAGGGACAACGAGCCAUAUGCUGUGAAAACGUCACUAGGAUGGAGUGUGGUGGGCUAUUCAACAGAAGCAACCGACAAUGGAUUACAUAUAGGCUACAGCCAUCGUACUUCCGUGAAGGAAAUACAUAUUUGCUCACCAAAGGAUGUGAUUAAGGUCUUAGAAUCAGACUUUGCACAUGAUAAACGAGAAGAUGCAAAAUUCUCACAAGAGGACAUCCAGUUUCUAAAUUUUAUGGAAAAUGCAAUCAAGGAACGAGAGGACACGCACUUGGAAAUGCCUCUUCCCUUUAAGAAACGACCUACAUUACCAAACAACAAAGUACUCGCAUUGCUACGCUUGAAACACUUAAAACGCUGCCUUAGCAAUGACUCGAAGUAUUAUGAACACUACAAGAAAUUCAUGAAUGAUGUCAUAGACAGAGAGGACGCUGAACUGGUAACAUUGAACGAAACAACCAACGUGUGGUAUAUUCCUCAUCACGGAGUCUGACUCAUCACCCUAGAAAACCAGACAAACUUCGUGUUGUAUUUGACUGUUCAGCCAGAUUCAAGGAUCAUUCCCUUAAUGAACAUUCAACUUUCAAAAUAAACUUCUUAAAAUAGAUGUUUAAAUAUCAUACAUAAAGACUAGUUAAUGUC